UUGAACUUUUUAUGAAAAUGUCCCAGUUGAGUGAAGCAAGCACCACCCCCUACGAAUUAAGCCAAGACCAUUUAUUUCGCGAAGAGUUAUUAGAAGUUGAUAGACUUUAUUUUCAUGUUUUGUGUCCAGAGAGUUCUGGUGCAAGUGAGAUAGAUAUGCCCACAUAUAGUCUUAGCUAAACCAAAAACAGACUUGUGUUUUAGAUGCCAAACCUUUUCUUUUAAUAUUUCACAAAGUGGUGCCCUUUCUGAAGAUGAUAAAAUGACACUUCUUGAUGAAUAUGAAAGUCAUGUUGAAAGUGCUAGACAUCAGAGGGAGCAAUAUAGAAUGCAGUGUGAUUACUCUAAAGUUACAUGUAGUGAAAACAUGAAGUUGAAGGUUCAGAGUCAUGUUCCUUAGAUGCAACCGUCCACUACAGCUGGGACUUUGCACAGCAGGUUCAUAUUCCACACCAUAGCCAACAGGUUGGACCCCUGUAUUUCAAAACUGCCGGAGGAGAUGUGAGGUAUUUGGAGUUUGCUGUGAAGGAUCUGAGAAACAGGUGUUUUGCCUGGGUGAGGCACAUGCUCAGUUCCACUUUGACAAUUGCCAAGGACAACAAAAAUAAUGCCGUUCUUGGUUAUGCUGUGUGGAGAACAUUGACAGGAGGGCAUAAGACAAUCCAAUACUCACUGAUGCUAGCCGGCCACACCAAAUUUUCAUGCGACUGGCAUUUUGGAGUUUGGAAAAACAGAAUGAGAUGCAUGGAUGCAGAGACAGUUGAGGAGGUGGCUUCCACAGAAGCCAUGUCAUCCCGUAAUGGCCACAACAUUCCACAUAUUGUUGAUGGCAACAGCAAACAAGUGUCGUUCUAUGACUGGAGCACCUUCUUCAAAGGCAUUUUCAAACCAUUGAAGAACAUUUCGAAAUACCAUUCAUUUGAGGUGUCUUCUAACGAGCCUGGGGUUUUAAGAGUAAGGAAGUUUGUUGAUGCCCCUGGGGAGAAAAUUAACAUACUGAAAAACUGCCAAGUGGAUAUUGGUGUUCUGCCAGAGCAGAUCUUUGGUGAGGGAAUAAGUGCAGAAAGGCAAUGGUACUUGCAUAAUGUAAAAAGAGACUUUUGCAGAUCAGAUAAUGCAAAAAACACAACAUACCCAUUGCCAUUAGUUGCAAAAGAAGGCUAUUCAAAGGCCAAAAAACAAAAGUUGAAGUAGGCAACUUUAUUGAGAACACUUUCUGUGUGUGUUUCAGCAAAAGUUAUAGUUUGUUUCUUGCUAUAAAUAUAUUGGCAUGUGUAAGUGGAAGUUUUAUGUUUUCAUUUACAUUCAAAGAAUAUAUUUCUUUGUGUUACAUUGAUAAAAUAUUCAUGAUCUUAGGAAUGUAUGGUUUCCUUGGCAACCAAAAGUAACACACUUGAUUGAUCAUUAAAUACUUAUGUAUAAACAUGUAUUUCAAUUAUGGGAAUAUCAUUGAACAGUCGGCCAUCUAUAAGUAAAGUAUGAUGGCAUUCAUAGUUUCCAUACACGACUGCAGUAUAAUGUGAAAGUGUACAUUUAUAAGUCUAUAUGUUAAUAGUUAUACAUUAAUAUAGUUUCAAUAAUCCUUGCAUGCAUAUGUUUGUUGUCAAUUUUGUCAAAUAAGGCAUGUGUCAAUGCUUUCCUUGUAAAUACAUUUCAUUCUGUGUCAUCUUACAACUCCAAAAGAAUGAAAUGAGCAAAAAAAAAGAAUGAUUCUAGGUAUAAGUCAGUUGCUAUGGCAACCAAGUAUAACAUUCUUAUUGAUUUUAAAAAUAAUUGAUUUCACCAGACAAGUUACAUCUUUUAAAUAAUUGCUUGUUUUAAAAUAAUAUGUUUUUUGUUUUGAUUAAUACAAGGAUAAGCUGCACUACUUUUGAACAAUUAACCUUGUUUUAGAAAAGUGGCAGAUUUUCUUUACAGGGUCUAUGUAAAAUUGCUGUUAACAUUCUAUUUUACUACAUAGCUGGCUGAAAUUUUAAUGCUGUACUAAAAUAUUUCCUGCAAACAUAAUCUAUCAAAUUCAAAUGUGAUUUUGUCUAUUUGAGCUGCUUUUGCGUUUAUUUGGAUAAAUUUCUCGUGAAAAAAUUGUAGUCAUGGCAACCGUUUCUAUGAAAUGUACAUGUAGUGUUAUAUUUUCCAUAAAUGAUGUUAUUGAUGUUAUGAUAAUGUUUCCACAGAAAUAAAAAAUGCUGUAUUCAAUUUUAAUGGAAUACAGACUCUUAAAAUCAAGGACGUUGUAUUUACUUAUGUUUCCAUUUCCUUCAUUUUUUUCGCCAUUUUAUAACAAAUAGUGGUAUUGCGAAAUUUGUCCUCAAUCCGUCAAUUUUAAAGAUAUCAGCUU